UUACAGUCUUUUACUAACAUGCCGCGUGUGGGCGUGGUCUAAAGUUAUGUGCCCGGCAUGUGUUUGAAGUAUGGCCAAUAGCAAGAAUGUUUGGAAGCUAAACAAAUCCGCCCAGUUAGGAAACAAUCACCGUGAUGUCAUCAUGACAGUGCGGUUGGUGUUCAGUGCCCAGGUCCUGUGUUUAUGCAAACCAGGACGCUUCACUUGAACUGCGAACACACAGGAUGGCCUCACUUCCACUCUCUCGCUCGGAGGUGUUCGGGCAGCUGAGGAAAGAGCUAUACGACGACCGCGAGUUCCACCAGGCUGACACUCACACUUUCAUUAUCUUGGGUGCUUCGGGAGACUUGGCCAGAAAGAAAAUAUACCCCACACUGUGGUGGCUUUUUAGAGAUGGACUUCUGCCUGAGGAGACCUACUUUGUGGGUUUUGCCCGCUCCAACUUGACAGUGGAAGCCAUUCGUUCUGCUUGCCUGCCUUACAUGAAGGUUGCCGAUAGCGAAAGCAAGCAGCUGUCAGCUUUUUUCAGCAGGAACACCUACCUGAGCGGGAAGUAUGGUGACGCCGAGUCCUUUUUGAAACUCGGCUCUCACCUGGAUGCUCUGCCCAGCGGCUCCGAGGCGAACCGCCUCUUCUACCUGGCGCUGCCCCCCAGCGUCUACCAGGACGUCACCAAAAACAUUAGGCACCACUGCAUAACCAGGAAGGGUUGGAACAGGGUGAUUGUGGAGAAGCCCUUUGGCCGUGACCUGCAGACCUCUGAGGAGCUGUCCAUUCACCUGUCCUCCCUCUUCACCGAGGACCAGAUCUACCGCAUAGACCACUACCUUGGCAAGGAGAUGGUGCAGAACCUGAUGGUGCUGAGGUUUGGAAACAGGAUCUUUGGGCCCAUCUGGAACAGGGAGAGCAUCGCCUGCGUGGUCCUAACUUUCAAGGAGCCCUUUGGCACUCAGGGCAGAGGAGGCUACUUCGACGAUUUUGGCAUCAUUCGCGACGUCAUGCAAAACCACCUGCUCCAGAUGCUCUCCCUGGUUGCCAUGGAGAAGCCGGCCUCCACCAGCUCCGACGACGUGAGAGAUGAAAAGGUGAAGGUGCUGAAGAGCAUCACUCCGGUGUCGGUGUCUAAUGUGGUGCUGGGUCAGUAUGUGGGAGACCCAGAGGGCAAGGGUGACGCCAAACUCGGCUACCUUGACGACCCUACUGUUCCAAAAGGCUCCUGCACACCUACCUUUGCCACGGCGGUUCUGUAUGUCCACAACGAGCGCUGGGAUGGAGUUCCAUUUGUGCUACGCUGCGGCAAGGCCUUGAACGAGCGCAAGGCAGAGCUGCGGCUGCAGUUCACCGACGUGCCGGGCGACAUCUUCAACUCGCAGUGCCGCCGCAACGAGCUGGUGGUGCGCGUGCAGCCCGACGAGGCCAUCUACGCCAAGAUGAUGAGCAAGAAGCCCGGCGUCUACUUCAGCCCCGAGGAGACGGAGCUGGACCUCACCUACCGCAGCAGAUACAGGGACGUGAAGCUCCCCGACGCCUAUGAGCGGCUCAUCCUGGACGUCUUCUGUGGGAGUCAGAUGCAUUUUGUGCGCAGUGAUGAGCUGCGGGAGGCCUGGAGGAUCUUCACCCCUCUGCUCCACCAUAUCGAGAAGGAGAAGACGCCUCCCAUACCGUACACCUACGGGAGUCGGGGGCCUGCAGAGGCCGACCAGCUGAUGAAGCAAGUGGGAUUCCGCUACGAAGGAACUUACAAGUGGGUCAACCCCCACGCCGUAUGACGGGGCAAUCACGACAGCCCGACGGUCGAAAGAGAAAAUCAAACCGCUCAAAAACCUCCAUCUCAUUCCAAUGGAGCGCCAAGCAAGGGGGCCAGAGCCACCUCUAUACUUCUACAUUCAGUCAGGGUUUGAUUGUGUUCGUGUCAUUCAGUAGUGCCACAUAGCCUCCGAGCAGCACAGAAUGUAGACUUGGCAUGUGCUGCCGCCUUUAGCCAAAGUAUGGCUGAGCAAUACACUUUUAUAUCAAUUCAUUACGGUAGAUUUCAUCAGUGACAUGAAUGUAGAACUGUAGACUCUGGCGUCAAUGUUUUUCAAUAAUUCCUUACAUUUGCAUGCAUGAGAAGAAACCCAUAUUUUUGAUAAUGGUGUCUGCCAUGAUGACUGUCUUAAUUGGCAAAGUUGGUCAACGUUGAUUUUGUAACUCUUUUGAUUGCUAUGUUUAAUUCAGCAAGCUUUGAUGAUGAUGAUGAUGAUGAUGCCAAGCACCAAGCUGAUUGGGGUACUUGACAGAUUUCCUUAUUUGCUCAUGCAUUUCUCCUUUUAAGCACUGUCCUGUCUUCUUGGUUUCACAGUGUCGCUCCAAAAGGAGCAGGUCAAAUGUAUGUAUAUUUAUUUAUUUUUCUUUUAUUUCAUUUCAUGUGAUGUUUUAACCUCCCAUUUUGUUUUUGUGCAUCCUUAUAUAAGAGUGUCCCUUACAGGAUUGCCUGUAUUGAAACUUAACAUGAUGCCACUUAAGGACAAUUAUAUAAAUAUGAAUUCAUAACAUGGAAGUCUUAAACAUUGGACCUUAUAAUAAGGGUCACCAGUCUUGUGGUGUUUUUUUUUUAACACCUUUUCAUUCAGUAGAGUCAUUUUUGAUGAGCACAGUCAAGCGGAAAAAGGGAUGUCUGACAACAACUUCACACUCUGGUCGUAAUUUUUUUUUUGUCCACUACAAAUUGUUUCUAGUUAUGGCUACAUCUCAGUAAGCCAUAAGCUGUGAGUAAAAUGGUGACUUCUUAUUUAACUAUUCUUUGUAAUGGCGGCACUCUUGUUUACAGUAUACAGCUUUUGUUUACCUCAUAACAGAGAGAAGUGUGAGAGAUGUUUGGCUCAGUGACAUCGAGGUGUUUCAGUUUGAGCUCUUAAGACGUGCGUUUUGUGACAAGGUGUGAGAACAUUUAAGUGUGUGGGUGGAUGUUUGCCUAUGCGUGUGUGUGUGUGUGACUGACUUGCCGGAAAGCUGAGGUGCCCCCCCCCCCCACACACACACACACACUCACCUUACGGGAAAAGAGAGGCAGCUAAAACCAGGUCAAACAAUAUGUAACCAAAACAAACAAGGUAAGACCAACCAACUAACUCGCUAUACACUUUCUUUCUUAAUCCAGUCCUCUUUCAUCACAAUCUCCUGUCCAGACCAAAAUAUUUAUUCAAACCAAUCACCAUUUAGAAUGCAUGUUUUUCUUUUAUAAGGUUCUUUUAUAACCAGUAACAAUGUGGUCGAAGCACAUUCCAGUCUCGGAGAAUGUGGAGAAGCUGACCUGUUUUGGGCUGGGUCAGUGAUUUUUGUUUCUCUUGCCACUCUCGCUCCCAGGUAUGAGGGCAUGUUAUGAGGCUCCUCUCCGCACCCCCUCCCACCCCGGAGCGGCCUCGCCCUGCAGGCUGCGCCCGCUGGCACCAUUGUUGGUUGUAUACAAGUGUGGGUGUGAAUGUGAAUGUGCGUGUGGAAGCGUGAAUGGAAUCAGGUAAUGAUACUCAAAUAGACGUGUUCAGCGUAAUUGCACUGAGUACAGUUGGAAGGUUUUUUAAGGUUUUUUUUUUGUUUUUCAUGCUACACAGUCCAAACUAUAUACAUUUUUUUUUAGCAGUCUUUAUUUUGCUGAAUAAAAAAAAAAAAGCUCUUGCUACCUCAUA